CCAAAUAACCCUGAAAUAACCUGGUUAAUUAAUGACAAGCUCCUCUUAUGAAUGAAGUACUUCUGUGCCAUCAUGUUUCUGGAAAGUAGCUGAACUACAGGGUGACUGCGAGAACAAAAACAAACACACAAGGCGGCCAGUCUGGUUUGAGCCAGUUUUCGGAACAACGGCCAGUACACAGCGAGUGACGUCAUCGCGCUGUAUAAAAGCUCUCUCUCCGGAGCUGAAGUUAAACAGCAUUGCGGUUAUCAUUCCUGGCCGUGGACGGUCUAAGCCACCCAAAUCUUUUCAAAUGGGCCCCGUCGCCUAGCGUUUUCUUCCCGAAAGCCUCCGACUGAGUUGCGCAGGGUGCUAGAAAACAUCAGCACAAACAAGAAGGUUACCAUCUAAGGCACAGUAAACAAGUGAGAAGCAUGGCAGCAAUCCCAGCUAGCGGAUCUCUUGUAGCCACCCAUGACUAUUACCGGAGGCGCCUUGGCUCUACAUCAAGUAGCAGCUCGUGUGGCAGUUCGGAAUACACUGGGGAGGUUAUUCCACAUCACCCAGGCCUGCCCAAGCAAGACGCUGGUCACUGGUGGUCGAGCUUCUUCUUUGGGAAGCAGCCAGGUAUGGGCUCCCUGGCUGAAGAGGCCCAGCAGAAAUCGGGGCUGAGCGUGACUGAUGGGCAGGUGAUGUGUGUUGCUCGGGAUAUGGUGAAGAGGCAGGCCAGCGAGAGUAGCGAUGCUGGGAAGUCGGAGGUCGGGAGUUCUCAUUCCUAGUCCUGCUUGCAGGACUACCGCAAGGGGACGGGAAAUGGCCCUUAUUUUAUUUUAUUUGUGUUUUUUAAUUCUUUUAUGUGUAGAAUACAUUGCUUUUAGGUUAUUUCAUAACCAACCAUCAGUUUAUAUUCGGCUUAAAAUAAAAUGAAGGUAUUAAAAUGGUGUUUUUGUACGUUUUUACACAUCUGUAACACUGUGUUUUUGUUACUACUUUCCACUGUAUCACCGUGUUCACAGAAACAAUAAAAUUUUAAAGUACACAAA